AAGUGAGGAAUUUUAAGAGAAUACACAACAAAAUAGUCUGUUUUGGUUAUGAACAAAUAGGAAUAUAAUAAUAAUAAUAAUAAUAAUAAUAAUAAUAAUAAUAAUAAUAAAACACAAAAAGACAAAGAGAUGAAACGGAAAACAACAAAGGAAAUACAAACUAUUACCUAGAUGGCAGAAAUAGUUAAUGAAAAAAUUGACAACUAUAAGCAAUAAGAAUUAUGAAGGAAGAAAGCCAAGCUUUAUUAGGCGAGAAAGAAACUGGAAGACAUUCAAAAAUGUGUUUAUCAUGUGAUCCAAAGUCUAGAUUUCAUCUAUAUAUACUUUUAGUAUUUAUAUGUUUGAUUGGUGUAGGAGAUUACUUCUGUACCGACAGUCCAGCUGCUUUACAAAAUCAUUUCUUGGAAGAUCUUAAAAUAUCAGAGACAAAAUAUAUGUCAUUUUACUCAAAUAUACAAUGGACUAGUAUUGUGUCAUGUUUAUUUGGCGGCUUUUUAAUAGAUAGGGUAUUCGGAAACAGAAUUGGAAUUACAAUGUUUUCAAUUGCAGUCACGUGUGCUCAUGGUCUGUUUUCAAUGGGAGCUUUAUUGAAUAGUUACUGGAUUAUGUUUGUGGCAAGAGCUGUGUAUGGAUUCGUUAAUGGACCAAUGGCAAUAGCAAAUGAUAAUAUGGCAGUAAAGUGGUUCAAAACAACAAAUAUCAAUAUGGUGUUUGGUUUAAAAACAAGUAUUGCUCGAGUGAGCAGCGUGGUUGACAUUAACGUUAUGGAUUCAUUAUAUAACUACAUUGGUCAGGUGUCGCAUGGUCACAUUUGUUUAGGUUUAACACUUUUAACAGGUGUGGUUGUUGCAUUCUUGUCUUUUCUGUCGUCAGUUGUUGUUGCAUGUUUGGAUAAACGAGCUGACAGAAUGAGUUUUACAUUAGAAGAAAUUAAAAUCAAACAUGAUGCCAUUGACCAAGUUAGUGUGUCUGACGUCAAAAAUUUCCCGAUCACUUAUUGGCUGAUAGCAAUGACUACAACGUGUUACUACCUGGCGCUGUUUCCGUUCGUAGGGCUCGGACAGGUAUUUUAUGAAAUGAAAUACGAAAGAGAGCCACAACAAGCUGAUAGCAUAAACAGUAUGGUGUACUUAAUGGCUGCAAUAACAAUGCCUUUAUUUGGUUAUAUGAUAGACAAAUUUGGGAAAAGUCUUAUUUGGAUGUUUGUUGGGAUUAUUCUUUCUAUCGGCAGCCAUAUUAUUCUUGCAUUUACAUUUCUAGAGCCAUAUAUAGCAACCGUAUCCAUGGGUCUUGGUUAUUCAAUUUUUACAGCAACAAUGUGGCCAAUGGCAUCUUUUGUUAUACCUUUUAACCAUCUCGGAACAGCAUAUGGCAUAAUGAACGCAAUGACAGCUGUUGGCCAGACAGGCGCUGCCUAUUUUGCCGGGUACCUGACAGAUAAUUACGGUUACCUUGUAUUAGAGGUGUUCUUCACAGCUUGCAUGACAGUGUCUCUUAUACUCGGAUGUCUACUCAUAAUCAUUAAUCAGUCUAGAGGAGGUGAUAUCAAUCUCAGUGCUAAAGAACGAGCAUGCAUGCCGAGACGACAAACAAUUGAAAAGACUGUGAAAUGCACAGAUCGAGCUAUUCAGAAACAAAAUAUACCAUAGUUAGAGAGUACGUUAUGCAAUGACAGGAGGUUUAUUUAACAAUAAAAUCUAGAAUGAAACUUCAUGACAGUAAUAGACGUUGUCUACUGAGACUUAAAUCUCUGAGACAGAUUAUUUGGAUCAGUAUAUACGGUUCUCUGUGGAUUUGUAUAAUCUUAAAUGGUUAUAUACGUUUAGCAAACAAAUAUUUGAACACGGUUAUAAAGCGUGUCGAAUGUGUUUUACAUGAAUUUACGAAACUGCAAUUUUCCUUUCUUGAAAAAAUCCGUACUUUGUACUAGAAAGACAACAUAAUUUCAAGACAGUAUACGCAGACAGUUAAUAAGUAUAAGGAUAAGCCAAUGAUCUGAAUAUUAUUGAAAGUAAUGUUGUUUAUUUUGUAUGUUAAUGAAAAAUUAUUGUGAAACAAUCUUGUUAAUAAAAAUUAUUGUGAAACAAAUGUGUAAAUAUUGUGCAGAUAAAUAAAGUGUAAAACAUAGAUAAUUCAUUUAUCUAUAUCAUGCAAGCAUUAAACAACACGAUAUAUAGCACAAUUUUGUUUGAAGCAAGUAUUUUAAAUGUACAGUAACUGUCAC